AUGAACCUGACUCCGGGCGUGCUGCUGCUCCUGUGUGUCUCCGUGAGGUCGGUGCCCAUCGAUCGCAAUGCGGGGGGGGGCCAGGAGCCCAAACAGGAGGCGCAGGAGGAGAACAUGGACACGGGCCUCUACUACGACCGAUAUCUCCGGGAGGUGAUCGAGGUGCUGGAGACCGACCCCCACUUCCGGGAGAAGCUCCAGACGGCCAACACGGAGGACAUUAAGAACGGCCGCCUCAGUAAAGAGCUGGACCUGGUGGGGCAUCAUGUCAGGACCCGACUGGACGAGCUGAAGCGCCAGGAGGUUUCCCGCCUCCGGAUGCUGCUGAAGGCCAAACUGGACAGCACCAACACACAGAGCCUCCAGAUGGACCACACCUCGCUUCUCAAGCAGUUUGAACAUCUGGACCCGCACAAUCAAAACACCUUCGAGGCCAAAGACCUGGAGCUUCUAAUUUCAACGGCCACUAAGGACCUGGAGAACUACGACGCCGAGAGGCACGAGGAGUUCAAGCGCUACGAGAUGCUGAAGGAGCACGAGAGGAGGGAGUACCUGAAGAGCCUGGACCAGGAGAAGAGGGAGAAGGAGGAGAAGAGGCUGCAGGAGCUGAAGGAGAAGCACCGCCAGCACCCCAAAGUCAACGCCCCGGGCAGCGUUGCUCAGCUGAGGGAGGUUUGGGAGGAGACGGACGGGCUGGAUCCUCAGGAGUUCAACCCCAAAACCUUCUUCAAACUGCACGACACGAACGAAGACGGCGUUUUGGACGAGCAGGAGCUGGAGGCGCUCUUCACAAAGGAGCUGGAGAAGGUGUACAACCCAAAGAACGAGGAGGACGACAUGAUGGAAAUGGAGGAGGAGAGGCUGAGGAUGAGGGAGCACGUCAUGAACAAUGUGGAUACAAACAAAGACCGACUGGUCAGCCUGGAGGAAUUCCUCAAAUCCACAGAGAAAAAGGAGUUCAGUAAUCCCAAAGAGUGGGAGACUCUGGACGCAAACCCGGUGUACACGGAGGAAGAGCUCCAGCGGUUCGAAGCCGAACUCCGAGACAAAGAGGAGGAGCUGAAGCGGAAGGCGGAGACUCUGCGUCAGGAGCAGGAGCUGCUGAAGGAGCGAGGCAAAGCCCUGGAGGCCCAGAGGAGAGAGUACCAGCAGGUGACUGGGAACGGGGUUCUUCCAGAAAGAAGGGCGCAGGAAUAG